ACCUACCUAAUGCCAGCGUUUAUUUCAAAUAGCUUUCCUUCCCUUUCAAUUAUAAUUACAGAAGAAGAGAGUGAGAUCAGUUGUGUCCACCUCCAUUAUCAGUUAAAAUAAAAAUAAAUACUAGAAAAAUAGUAGUGCAGCAAAUAUUCUCAAGAAAAAAAAUUUGUCUUCUACAACUUGAAGUCGAACACUGAGAAAUAUACGGUCUGAAAUUAUGCUGUUGGAGGGAGUACAAUUGACGUUUUAGUUUAUAUUUUGUCAGGUACCGGUUGCAUGCUUUGCAGGUUAGAAGUUAGGGUUUGAAGGGCAUGGGUGCCCCGAAGCAAAAAUGGACGAAGGAGGAGGAAGCCGCUCUUCGUGCCGGAAUUGACAAAUACGGCCCAGGCAAAUGGUCAGCAAUUCUCAAAGAUCCUCUUUUAAGCACCUAUUUGGCCUCGCGCUCCAAUGUCGAUCUCAAGGCUUUAAGAGGAUGCUGUAGAAGGGUAGAGGUAGGGUUGAGGCUGGAGGCUAUUACAGGAAAUGUUGUAGGCAAAUUACAAUGUUCUUGUGGUAUAAGACUUAAGGAUAAAUGGCGAAAUAUUAAUGUUACUGCAAAUGGAUGGGGAUCCAGGGAGAAGGCAAGACUGGCAUUCAAAAAGAGCUCACAACUGGCAAAACAAUCUGGCAGGCACCUUCUAUUGGGUCCAAUAACAAAUGGCAGAUCUAAUGUUCCAGACGAUGCUAAACAACUGGUGGUUGUAGAUCCAUCUUUACACAGCACAGACUCUAUGCGAUCUAUUCCUAGGGUAGAUACUCUCAUUAUGGAUGCUAUUGCCAGCUUGAAGGAACCUAGAGGAUCUAGCAAAUCUACGAUUGCAGCAUAUAUCGAGGACAAUAACUUCCCAAUGCCAAACUUGAAAAAAAUGUUGUCUUCCAAGCUGAACUUGUUAACAGCCUGUGGUAAGCUGGUGAAGAUGGGACAAAAUUAUAUGCUCAAUAGAAGUUUUCUCCAUGGAGAAAAAGGAACAAAAAUUACCCAUUUGCUACAAGAAGAGCUUGAGGGGAAACACAUCCCAAGCCCUUACAAAAACCCCUUUAAGAGACUCAGAGAAGAAAUACGACUCCCAACAAAAUUUGAAAUUGAGGCUGAACUGUCAAAGAUGACAAUGAUGAGUGCCGAGGAGUCUGCUAAAUUUGCUGCUGAGGCAGUGGCUGAUGCUGAACUACUUAUGACUGAAGCAGAAGAAGCAGGAAGGGAAGCUGAUGCUGCGGAGGCUGAUGCAGAAGCUGCUCAGGCUUUUGCAGAAGCAGCAAUGAUGAAUCUCAGAAAUUCUAAAAAUUCUGCUAGAAGCUGGAGAUGAUUGGGAUGCUGUAUUGUGAGAAAUGCUAUGCUGUUCAUGGAGCACUAGUGAACAAAAAAACAAGAAGCGCAAUUUUGUUCUACACAGGUUGCAAACUUUGGGUUCUAGGUCUCUGAUUUCUUGCCAUAACAAAUACCAGAAAAUCAGAUAAUUUUCCUCUUCUUGGUGCUGGCUUAAAACUCACCAUACCUGUUGGAGCUGCAUCCAUUGUACAAAUUGUUUCUCUCUAAUGAAACUAUCUAGAUGAGCAGGUUUUGUGAAUUGGUAUCAUCAAUCUGUAGUAUUAGAUUGCAAAAUGAUUUUCUGUAACAAAAGUUGUUUGUAAUAAUACUACUUUCAUUCC